CAUCCACCAGGAGCAUCACUGGGAGACAAUCAUCGAGGAAAGCUCAGCAUCUGGUAUUUUGUUGUGUUGUGAAAAGAAGGGUUUAUUUUUAUUAACAUAUUGACAUAGGACAUUGAUAAUGGAGAAGAUGAGUUACACGUUCAGUCAGCAAUAUGAGGAGAAAAUUCGCCCUUGUAUCGACACUAUCGAUAAUUUACGGUCUCUGGGAGUCGAAAAGGACCUCGCGUUGCCUGCCAUCGCCGUCAUAGGAGACCAAAGCUCGGGAAAGAGUUCGGUUCUGGAGGCGCUGUCAGGAGUUCCGUUACCCAGGGGCAGUGGGAUUGUUACACGAUGCCCUCUUGAGCUCAAGAUGAUAAGGAGUAAAGAGGAUGAGAAAUGGCAUGGGAGAAUCAGUUACCAAAACCACGAGGAAGACUUUGAUGACCCAGCGGAAGUGGAGAAAAAGAUCCGUGAAGCCCAAGAUGAGAUGGCUGGAGCAGGUGUUGGUAUCAGUGAAGAACUCAUCAGUCUGCAGAUCACCUCUGCCAAUGUUCCUGACCUCACUCUCAUUGACCUCCCUGGCAUUGCGCGAGUGGCUGUCAAGGGUCAACCUGAGAACAUUGGAGAUCAGAUUAAGAGACUGAUCAGGAUGUUCAUUACCAAGCAGGAAACAAUCAAUCUGGUUGUGGUGCCAUGCAAUGUUGACAUCGCCACCACAGAAGCAUUGCAGAUGGCUCAGGCAGAGGAUCCCGAGGGCGAAAGGACUUUAGGCAUCUUAACAAAGCCAGACCUGGUGGACAAGGGCACUGAAGGGACAGUUGUAGACAUUGUCCACAAUGAGGUCAUUCACCUCACUAAAGGCUACAUGAUUGUAAGGUGCAGAGGGCAAAAAGAGAUUAUGGAUCAGGUCACUCUAAAUGAGGCUACAGAAACAGAGAGUGCCUUCUUCAAAGACCAUCCUCAUUUCAGGAAACUUUAUGAAGAAGGUUUUGCUACUAUUCCCAAGUUGGCAGAGAAACUAACAAUUGAGUUGGUUCAUCACAUUCAGAGGUCCCUACCUCGUUUAGAAGAGCAAAUCCAGACCAAGCUUGCUGAAACACAGAAGGAACUGGAAGCGUAUGGUGAUGGACCCCCGUCAGACCCUGCAGAAAGACUCAGCUUUUUCAUUGAUAAAGUUACAGCUUUUACAUGUGACACUCUCAACCUGACGACUGGAGAGGAGGUUAAAUCCGCAUCAAAACUGCUGAUUUUUCCAGAACUUCGACAGGAAUUUGCCUAUUGGAAUAGCUUCUUAGACUCUUCAGGAUAUUCUUUCAAACUGAAGAUUGAAGAAGAAGUUGAUAACUAUGAAGUGAAGUACCGGGGACGAGAACUCCCAGGUUUCAUCAAUUACAAGACCUUUGAGGGCCUUGUCAGGGAACAGAUGAAGUUGUUGGAGGAACCUGCGUUAAAGAUGCUGAAGAACGUCUCUGACAUGGUUAAAAAGAAGUUCAUCCAGUUGGCCCAGAGCAGCUUCACCGGUUUUCCUAUUCUUCUAAAAAUAGCAAAGACUAAGAUCGAAGCCAUCAAGCAGGAUAAAGAGUGCUUGGCGGAAUCCAUGCUGAGGACUCAAUUCAAGAUGGAGCUCAUAGUUUACACUCAAGAUGGCACAUACAGUCAGAGCCUACUUCGCUCAAAAGAAAAGCGGGAAGAGGACGAGGAAGACACAGAAAACUUUGACUGCAUGACUGUAGGGAUUGCCACAAGCAAUCAUGCUACUUUGAGUGAGAUGAAGCUGCAUCUCGAGUCCUACUACAUGAUUGCAAGCCAGCGUCUAGCUGAUCAGAUCCCAAUGGUGAUCCGCUAUCUGCUGCUGCAAGAAGCCGCUUUGGAGCUGCAAAGGAGCAUGCUGCAACUGCUGCAAGAUAAAGACGGUGUAGACGACAUGCUUAAAGAGGAUUUUGACAUUGGUCAAAAGCGGGAAAACUUACUGAGCCGCCAGAAACGUUUAAUGAAAGCACAAAACCUCUUGGCUACCUAUUAGGAUUCUCUUCAUAGUCAAUUAUAACUGUUUUAAUGCUACAAAUUAUAUAUAGCUUGAAAAAUGUAGCACAUGGAACAAACGUGUAAACUUGCACGCGAUAUUUGUUGAAGAAACAUGCAGAGAUGUAAAUAUUCUUUGCAGCAAUCUGCAUAUGCGUAGCUUUAAGAGCUCAAAUGUUGGUUAUUUUCAUUUAUAUUCAUUAAACUGGUUCUUUCAGCUUAAA